AUGUUGGCUGUCCAGAAUAUGAAAGUUGGAGUCUUCCUGUUGUGGUGGGGAUGGGUUUUGGCCAUUGAAAGCAGAGUGCACUGGCGAGGAAAAGAAGUACACGACAUGUCUAAGAAGGGCAGGCCUGGAAGGGAAAUAAUGGAAGCACACAAAGAUGCCAACAGACAAGGCAAUCCAAUUCUGAAACGAAGCCCUGAUAUCACCAAAUCGCCACUGACAAAAUCAGAGCAGCUUCUGAGGAUAGACGACCAAGAUUUCAGUAUGAGGCCUGGCUUCGGAGGUCCAGCCAUUCCUGUGGGUGUGGAUGUGCAGGUGGAGAGCUUGGACAGCAUCUCUGAGGUCGACAUGGACUUCACGAUGACCCUCUAUCUGAGGCAUUACUGGAAAGAUGAGAGGCUGUCCUUCCCGAGCACCAACAACCUCAGCAUGACGUUUGAUGGCCGGCUGGUGAAGAAGAUCUGGGUCCCCGACAUGUUUUUCGUGCACUCCAAGCGCUCCUUCAUCCACGACACCACCACGGACAAUGUCAUGCUGCGGGUCCAGCCAGAUGGGAAAGUGCUCUACAGCCUCCGGGUUACAGUGACUGCAAUGUGCAACAUGGACUUCAGCCGAUUUCCCCUGGACACGCAAACAUGCUCACUUGAAAUUGAAAGUUAUGCCUAUACAGAGGAUGACCUCAUGCUGUACUGGAAAAAAGGCAACGACUCCUUGAAGACAGAUGAGCGGAUCUCACUCUCACAGUUCCUCAUCCAAGAAUUCCACACCACCGCUAAGCUGGCCUUCUACAGCAGCACAGGCUGGUACAACCGUCUGUACAUUAACUUCACGUUGCGACGCCACAUCUUCUUCUUCUUGCUCCAAACUUACUUUCCUGCCACCCUGAUGGUCAUGCUGUCCUGGGUGUCCUUCUGGAUUGACCGCAGAGCUGUGCCCGCCAGAGUCCCUUUAGGUAUCACCACCGUGCUGACCAUGUCCACCAUCAUCACAGGAGUGAACGCCUCCAUGCCCCGCGUGUCCUACAUCAAGGCGGUGGACAUCUACCUCUGGGUCAGCUUUGUGUUCGUGUUCCUCUCGGUGCUGGAGUACGCAGCCGUCAACUACCUGACCACGGUGCAGGAGCGGAAGGAGCGGAAGCUCCGGGAAAAGCUUCCCUGCACCUGUGGAAUACCCCAGCCACGCGGGGUCCUGCUAGAUGGCAGCUACAGCGAUGGGGAAGUUAAUGACCUGGGCAACUACACACCGGAGAAUGGAGAGAAGCCAGACAAGAUGAUGGUGCAGCUGACCUUGGCCUCAGAGAGGAGCUCCCCCCAGAGGAAAAGUCAGAGAAGCAGCUAUGUGAGCAUGAGGAUUGACACCCACGCCAUUGAUAAAUACUCCAGGAUAAUUUUUCCAGCGGCGUAUAUUUUAUUCAAUUUAAUAUACUGGUCUAUUUUCUCAUAA